AUGUCCCUUCAAAUGAUUGAACAGUUGCAAGUUAGUUUUAAUCUGCAAGCUUCUCUUAUUGAUACGCUGCAUGUACAAUUAGAAGAUUACCGCACCCAGGCACAAAAUGGAGCUCACACUGUUGGAUUCUUACAAGAUAAAGUUCAUAAUUUAGAAUCCAAAAAUAUAAUCCUUGAUCAAGCUGUAAACACCUUACAAUGCCUGCGUACUAAGCACUCUCCUUCUUUCAAACUUGGAGGUAAGGCUCGGGGAAGUGCUAUAUUUAAAAAAUCCCCUGUUGCUCAUGAAAACAAAUGGUAUCAGAUCGCCACCUUGUUAGUCGAUCUUCCUUCUGCUUUAAUUAAUGAAGAUGACGUUGCUAUGUGGAUGGAGCAUAAAAAUGAAAAUAUUGAGUUUCCUUCACAAACAAUUUCUGUCCCCUCUGCUCCUCCCACGUAUACACAUUUGUAUCCAGAAUUGCCAAUUGUUCCUUGUAAUCCUAUAACACGUGGUCCUCAAUUAGAGGCUAACAAAGUGUUAUCAGAUGACAAAUUGAAGGAAAUUUCUGCACAUCAUGCUAGAAUAGAAAAAGAAUAUAAUGAUAUGGAAAUGACUUUACAUAAUGUAAAACAAUCAUUUUCACAUUGACACCAGCAGAGACGAGACUUAGAAGCAGAAUUGUCUGAGGCUGCACGACUAUUAACUGAGACUAAAACUAACCUUGAACGUUUUAGGCUUGACAAUGACGAGUUACAACGGGUAAAUGACAAACUUAAGGCUACUACUAAAAACAGGAAAAGACUACUAGCAUAUUGCAUGAUACUACACAAGACCUUAAGACUGCUAACAAACAACUGCAAAGUGACCUUAUAGAGGCUAAAACUAAACAUGUUAUUUCUGAUCCUGUUAAUGUACACAUGACAGCACCUUCUUCUGUGAAAGCGACCGAAGCCAGGGCUAUCUUAUCUGAAAUAGGGCAAGCUCCUAUAAAUAAGGGUACUAUUGAGGAUUUCAAUAGAUUCACACAUUGGAUCGGAAAACUCCUUCGCUGGGGUUCUUCGGAUUCACAAUUAAUAGAGAUUUUUCUGAAAGGUCUGGGAUCCUGUUCAGCUGUCAUAGAAGGUUUUGCACAAACAUUUUCUCAGCUGUUAGAACUAUUUCAUUUGUCUAGUCUGUUCCAGAUUAACAAAGCUUUUAUCUCACUUCCUAAUGAGUCUAUCACAUAAACUGCUAACAGAGUAAUUGUUUUCCUUGCUGCUCUUACUAAUGGGGCUACUUCUUCAGAAAAACAUUCUGAAAUACAAGCUGACCUUAAAUUAGAUACAACAUUCUGUUGAGUUACUUAGAAAACAAGUAGAGCAAGCUAAUUUAACGCCUGUUGCAACUCUAACAACUUCCCUUCCACCCCUCUCCUCCUGCUAGGAAUGUGUUUUCUCCUCUCCUCUUUGUCUCGACUGGCCUCUGGAUCUAGAUAAAUGGGUACGACCAAUGUGUACUAUGUUGGUAGAUGGGGAGAAAAUUAACACUCUAAUCGAUACAGGGGCAGCUGCUACACUAAUAUCUGGUACACCAAAAACUGGCAAAUUUACUACUGCUUGCAUUGUGGGGGUUACUGGCAUGCCAAAAACAGUGUAUGUUGAACCUAGGACAUUGAAGAUUGGCUCUAAGACUAUACGUUCUGAUAUGUUUUUGGAAAAAGAUGCGUUAUCUCUGUUGGGAGCUCCAGAUAUUGUAAAGUUUGGGUUUAUCAUUGAUUUAAUGAAUCACAUGCUUUGGAAUAUUGAGGGGAGUACUAGCCCUUCUGAGCAUACUCGGAUCGGUUUAGGCUCCAAUUUGCCUCCUGUGCAUGUUGUCUAUCCACAUGAGGGUAUUAAAAUCAAACACCCUCCUGUGGAUACAGAAUCUUGGUGGCAUGAAUAUGCCGAUGUAUGGGCCAAAGAUAGUCUAGAUUGUGGUAAAUCACAAUUAAUGGUUUCUUUGGAUGGUUCACACCACCCAUAUGUUAAACAGUAUCCAAUUCCACGUGAGGCAGAAAAGGAUUUAGAAGUUAUCAUUGACCAAUUGCUACAGCGUGGGUUAAUUCGACCAUGCCAAACUGGAGGUUCGAGUCCUGUGUGGCCUAUUCGUAAAAAAGACAUCACUUGGUGUUUAACCAUUGACUACAGACGACUAAAUGAGACAGUUUUUAGAACAGCACCUGUUGUGGCCUCUUACCCUGAACCGAUUGCUAAAUUAACUCCUGAAAUGCAGUAUUACACAGUGUUAGAUCUUGCAAAUGGGUUUUAUAGUGUACAAGUCACUCCUGAAACUCAGUAUCGUACUGCAUUUUCUUUUCAGUCUAAACAGUAUUGCUGGACAGUUCUUCCUCAAGGUUACUGUGAUAGCCCUGCAAUUUUUCACAGCAUGUUAGCACAAGCUCUAAAGUCUCAUAAUUUGCAUAACAAAAUUGUUCAGUAUGUUGAUGACUUGUUAAUAGCAAAUGAUUCCAGAGAGAGUAACAUUAAACUGUUAAAAAAGGUUUUGGAAUCCCUUAAAAAGCAUGGCUUGAAACUUUACCCUGACAAGUGUCAGUUGGUCUAA